UGCGAUAAGGUGCUUCUCAUUGAAAAGGCAAACAUCAAUACGCUUUCAAAGUCACACACCAGUCACCUAGAAACACAACUGCAACAAAUACACACAAUGGCUGUCGAGAGCAAAGUCAACAGACAGGCCACCUGCUCUGCCCCUGUCAACAUCGCUGUCAUCAAAUACUGGGGUAAGCGUGAUGAGAAGCUUAUUUUACCUACCAAUUCAUCGCUGAGCGCUACUCUUGACCAGGCUGAUCUGAAGACCACAACCUCUGUGGCCCUGUCUUCCGAAUUCGACAGUGACCGAUUAUGGCUCAAUGGAAAGGAAGAGUCCAUCACCAACCCUCGACUGCAAAACGUACUACAAAAGAUCCGUAGCUUGGCGAGUGAGAGAGCACAGACAGACGAAGAGAAGGCCGUCCUAGAUGCACACGUACACAUUGUGUCUGUCAAUAACUUUCCCACUGCUGCUGGGCUUGCAUCGUCUGCCUCGGGCUACGCAUGCAUGGUCUACACACUCGCCCAGGUAUAUGGCGUGACUGACUAUGAGCUCAGUAAGAUCGCACGGGUUGGGUCAGGCUCCGCCUGCAGAUCAAUGUACGGUGGAUGGGUGGCCUGGAACAUGGGCACCCGCGACGACGGUGACGAUUCCUUCGCUGAACAGACACACCUGGCCGAUCACUGGCCUGGCAUGAAGAUUCUGAUUCUCGUGGUGAGUGAUCGUAAGAAGGGCACCAGCAGUACCUCAGGCAUGGGCACGAGCGUACGCACCAGUGAACUGCUACAGCACCGGAUCACCGAGGUAGUCCCCAAGCGCAUGGCCGCCAUCAAGGAAGCCAUCGAGGCCAGAGACUUUGCGCAGUUUGGUGAGAUCACUAUGAGAGACAGUAACCAAUUCCAUGCCGUGUGUCUGGAUACCUACCCACCCAUCUUCUACAUGAACGACACGUCUAAGGCGGUGGUGCAGAUGGUCACUCAGUACAACACCAUGAAGGGCGAAGUCAAGGCCGCUUACACUUUCGAUGCUGGGCCUAACGCGGUCAUCUACGCCAUGGAGGAUGCUAUGGCUGAAAUCGCGUCAUUAACGUCUCACUUCUUCCCUUCAACGACACCGGACACGUUCUUCCGGGGCACCACCACAGCCCCCCCCGCCCCGUCAGCUGAGCUGCUGAGCCACUUCACGAUCGCACAACAACCGGAAGACUCUCUGCAGUACGGCAUCAAUACACAGCCAGGGCCAGGACCCCAAGUUCUAACAGACGAAGAGUGCUUGCUUGAUAGCAGUGGACUGCCUAAGGCGACAUCGGCUUAGCUCGACACGGAAGUAUGGCCGACAUGCGGAAUAGGUAGCUUAGAGUAAUAUAGUAAAGGUUUGGUGUACA